AUGGGAAGUUCCGGAACAACCGAUUAUGGAGCGUACACUUACCAAAACCUUGAGAGGGAACCUUACUGGCCCUCUGAAAAGCUCAGAAUUUCCAUUACUGGGGCUGGAGGUUUCAUUGCCUCACACAUUGCACGCCGCCUCAAGACUGAGGGACAUUACAUCAUUGCUUCUGAUUGGAAGAAAAAUGAGCACAUGACUGAAGACAUGUUCUGCCAUGAGUUCCACCUUGUUGAUCUUAGGGUCAUGGAUAACUGCUUGACAGUUACCAAUGGCGUGGAUCACGUUUUCAAUCUUGCUGCUGAUAUGGGUGGCAUGGGUUUCAUCCAGUCAAAUCACUCAGUCAUUAUGUACAACAACACCAUGAUUAGCUUCAACAUGAUUGAGGCUGCCAGGAUCAAUGGUGUUAAGAGGUUUUUUUAUGCCUCUAGUGCUUGUAUCUACCCUGAAUUUAAACAGUUGGAAACAAAUGUGAGUUUGAAGGAGGCUGAUGCCUGGCCUGCUGAGCCACAAGAUGCAUAUGGGCUAGAGAAGCUUGCAACUGAAGAGUUAUGCAAGCAUUAUAACAAGGACUUUGGGAUUGAGUGCCGCAUUGGGAGAUUCCAUAACAUAUAUGGUCCUUAUGGGACAUGGAAAGGUGGAAGGGAGAAGGCUCCUGCCGCAUUUUGUCGGAAGGCUCUUACCUCCAAAGACCGUUUUGAGAUGUGGGGAGAUGGAUUGCAAACAAGAUCCUUCACCUUCAUUGAUGAGUGUGUUGAAGGUGUACUCAGAUUGACAAAAUCAGACUUCCGGGAGCCGGUGAAUAUUGGAAGUGAUGAAAUGGUCAGCAUGAAUGAGAUGGCUGAGAUUGUUCUUAGCUUUGAGAAUAAGACUAUACCAAUACACCACAUUCCUGGCCCAGAAGGUGUUCGAGGACGUAAUUCAGACAAUACACUAAUUAAAGAGAAACUUGGCUGGGCUCCAACUAUGAAGUUGAAGGAUGGGCUGAGAAUCACAUACUUCUGGAUCAAAGAGCAGCUUGAGAAAGAGAAGGCAGAAGGUGUUGAUUUAUCAGCGUAUGGAUCAUCCAAAGUGGUGCAGACUCAAGCCCCCGUUCAACUGGGAUCCCUUAGGGCUGCAGAUGGCAAAGAAUAA